ACUUGGGUUAUCAGGGGCCAGGAAGCCCCGCUUGGCUCCACACCCUACAUGGCCUACGUGCAAAUCGGGUCAACGGGAAGCUGCGGAGGGUUCCUGAUCUGGGAGGACGUGGUGGUGACGGCGGCUCAUUGUAACUGCAACCUGGGCAACAUCUUUGUCUACCUGGGAGUCCAAGACUUCAUGAAGCCAAGACAGAACUGGCAACGGAUCCGGGCGGGUCACUGGGUCCAGCACUCCGACUUCAACAAUGAGAACUUUGACAAUGACAUCAUGCUGCUAAAGCUGUGGCACAACGCGGAGCUGACCGAGUGGGUGGGGCUUGUCCCCCUGCCGGAGGCUGAUCACCACGUCAGCCUAGGCUCCAAGUGCAGCGUGGCCGGUUGGGGUCAGACCGGAGUGAACACCACCACCGACAGGCUGCAUGAGGCGGAGCAGGAGGUGGUGUUGGACAGCCUGUGCAGAGAACGGUACCGGCAUUACAACCCC